AUGGCAGUUCUUGCUAUAACAUCCAAAGUGGUAGAUACAAAGCGAUCGACAACUAUUCUUAGUGGAAUACAACUCGACUUCCUUGGUUGCUUGAGCACAAUGUCUACUUUUGAUGCUGAAGUUACAAAGCCUGCACAGAACUCUGCUUCACGGGCUGAACUACACCGGAAAAGCAUAGCGCAAAUGAAUAUCAAUACACAAUCUGUUCAAGAUAUGCAUAUAGAUGCUGAUCCUUCACAUGUUCCUGUUGUUCUUAUAGAAAAACAUGGCAUGGUUGUUCCACAACAUAGUUCCAACAAGGAUUUGGCUUCGAAUGCUUCUGAACAAAAAGAUACUGUUGUGCUACCUAAACUACAAGGAGAGUCUCUGGUACCCAAAAGUAGUGCUGAAAAAAGUGGGCGCAUCUUGCGAGCUGUCAUUUUUGUGCAUGGUUUUUAGGGCCACCAUUUGGAUUUACGUCUUGUUAGAAACCAAUGGCUUCUAUUGGACCCUGGAGCUGAUUGCCUAAUGUCUGAGGCUAAUGAAGAUAAAACAUCUAGAGACUUCAAAGAAAUGGGUAGCAGGUUGGCCGGGGAGGUAAUUGCCUUCCUGAAGAAGAAAAUGGAUAAACUUUCUAGAUAUGGAGGUUGCAAAGAGCUGAAGUUAAGUUUUGUCGGCCAUUCCAUCGGGAACAUCAUCAUUAGAAGUGCCCUAGCAGAACCUGCAUUGCAGCCAUACUUGAAGAACCUCUACACUUACAUGUCAAUAUCAGGGCCUCACUUGGGUCACUGGUACAGUUCAAAUUCUUUGUUCAAUUCUGGACUCUGGCUGCUGAAAAAGCUCAAGAAUGCUCAAUGCAUCCAUCAACUCACUUUCAGUGAUGAUCAAGACCCCCACAAUACAUACUUCUAUAAGCUUUGCAAGUUGAAAACAUUGGAGAACUUCAAAAAUAUCAUAUUGUUAUCAUCACCACAGGAUGGCUAUGUACCAUAUCACUCAGCAAGAAUGGAGCUCUGCCCAGCUGCAUCAUCGGACACCUCAAAAAAGGGUCAAGUCUUCACAGAAAUGCUCAACAAUUGCUUGGAUCAGAUCCGUGCGCCCUCAUCUGACACCCGGACGUUCAUGCGCUGCGAUGUGAAUUUUGACCAGUCCAACCACGGACAGAGCCUGAACACCAUGAUUGGCAGGGCAGCCCACAUCGAGUUCCUUGAGACCGACAUCUACGCCAAGUUCAUCAUGUGGUCCUUCCCUGACCUGUUCCGAUGAC